CAAGCUGAUAGCCCUCCGCGACGCAUUACGCACAACGGACAGCUGGAGACGCCCAGGCGCUCUCGCUUUGAUUUCGGCGCCUGCGCCCGCGCUGGGAGAGAUUGGCUGAGGCCGCGGGACUGGGCGGUGAGCGCGUCACUUCCUGUCGCUGCCAGGCGCGUCCUCCCACGCGCUAUGACCGACAGUGCAGAGCCACGGGGGCGGCGGCCUGGAGUCGGAGUCGGAGUCGUGGUGACCAGCUGCAAACAUCCGCGUUGCAUCCUCCUGGGGAAGAGGAAAGGCUCGGUUGGAGCCGGCAGUUUCCAGCUCCCUGGAGGUCAUUUGGAGUUCGGUGAGACCUGGGAAGAAUGUGCUCAAAGGGAAACCUGGGAAGAAGCAGCUCUUCACCUGAAAAAUGUUCGCUUUGCCUCAGUUGUGAAUUCUUUCAUUGAGAAGGAGAAAUACCAUUAUGUUACUAUAUUAAUGAAAGGAGACGUGGAUGUGACUCAUGAUUCAGAACCAAAGAAUGUAGAACCUGAAAAAAAUGAAAGUUGGGAGUGGGUUCCUUGGGAAGAAUUUCCUCCUCUGGACCAGCUUUUCUGGGGUCUGCGUUGUUUAAAAGAACAAGGCUAUGAUCCAUUUAAAGAAGAUCUGAACCAUCUGGUGGGAUACAAAGGAAAUCAUCUCUAGGUAGCCAAGAAGAUUUCUUGAUUUUCUUUAAAAACACAGGAAUAAGGUCUGGUUAGGGAAUGAAAAAUGUCUGCAUUGCAGAACAACUCCAUUUUAUCUAAAAAAGAUCUUGUGAUCGCCAAUUUAUUUGCAAUCUCUUAAUGUAUCCACCACCCUUUCAGCCAGUACUUGAGAAAAUUUUUCUGAAAUAUGUCAUUGAAUUGUAUUCCAGCCUCAGAAUAUAUGAUAUAUACUGAUAUUAUGGGUAAUCUGCUUUCCAUAUUUACCUAUGAUAUUUACUGUAUGGUUUGUCAUUACUAGCUUGCAUGGAGUAAGAUGCAGUGAAAUUUGCCUUAGUGUUUCUGUUCAAAUAGAGACCUGAAUU